AAAAUGUUUAAUAUUAUUUUAUACAUCUCACAAUUGUAAUAAUUUAUAUAUUAGUAAAUUAUAUAUACAUAACUCAAAGGAGCAGCGCAAGACAUCCGAGAAUCAAGAUUUCAAUUAAAUGAUAAACUGGAUUUGUCUGUGUAGCAAGAAGAAGGGUGAGAAGAAACAAAUUGUCGGCGCCAAUUGUUUCGUAUGGAGCACUGAAGCAAAGCGGUAGGGGGUGUAUAAAGAUCGAGCAUUGCUCGCGCUGUGCGGUUCGUUGCUCGGUUUUCGCCUUGGCAGAGCGUCCAAUGUGCUGCGGAUUUUAAAGUUCAGUGGUUGUUUGGUUUUGCCCCGGUUGUUUGACGCACGCUGCGCGGCAAGAAAAUUGUUGUGGCAGUAGUGAGUUUGUUUUAUUUUUACUUUAAUAUUUUUAUUUCGCCACUCUUUUAUAUAUAUUUUUCUUUGAAUUUUCGUUCGCAUAUCGCCUGAAGAAAAACAAGUUAGCACGCAAUGGCAUGGCUAUAUGUUGGCAGUGCUUGAUUUAGUGGGCACAGGUAAAAUCUUCACGGGAAAAAUAAUAUCAAAAGCAUUAAUAAAACAACAAAAAGCAGAGCUUACUACGUGAGUGGUUUCGGUUUGUAGACGGUGAACUUUUAUUUUUUUUAUUGCUUGGGUUCGUGCUGCUUGGGUGAUUCAGCCUCGAGAUUAAGACAAGCAUAGUCUGCAGUAGCGAAAAGAAACUACGUUCAACAUCUCAGCAGCAGGCAAAGAAUUUGCCUUCGUGCAACAAAAAAGACGAGUUCGUAGACGGUAUCAUCAAUUGUGGCAAAGGCAAAGCCAGAAAAUCGCACGGCUAAAUUGAAAAAUACAUACUUAUUUACAUUGAAUAUGCCUCUUCGUCGUGUUAAUAUAAUUUCUUCUUAACUCAGAUCUGGCACCACGUUCGCUGUUAAGGAAUUCACAACUAAAAACAUGUAUUACAUGCAAAUAUAUAAAUAAGUAAUGGAAAUCCUCAUGAAAUUAAAAUGCUCACCAUCUGUACCGAACCACGGCAACAGCACCACACACUCUACUCUCAAAGUCGUUGACCAUCAUCAUCAACUAACUCAGCAGCACGCAACAUUACCAGCACCUGUAACAACAACCCCACCAACACUCAUUCGCUUGCCAUCACAAACAAACGUAACUUAUGGCUCCCCACCAUCAUUGCCGACAAUCGCUAUUCAAACCCUACCCAGUGUACCAUCUAAAAGACCAUGUUUGAAUUAUUCAAAGUCUUUGGACUGCUGCAACAUUACCGCUACCCAACAGGGAAUUGAAAUAUUUAGCUUACCAUGGGAUCAGCAAGGUCGCCGGAACGUUACAUACGAAGUUUCAAUGCAAAAACCUCCAUCUUGUUGCACAGAUAUCAACGGCAGCAAUUUGUACGAAACACCUGCUUGUUGUAGUACGUACGGCACAAAUUCGACUUCAUCUUAUUCAACUGCCACGACGCAACUCGCUCAACCUCCGCCACUACAGCAGGCACCUACAUUGCAUCCUCCCCCAUUGACAUUCCAAAUUGCUUCUUCUGAAGAUUUGUCCGAAAAUGAUUCAGUUGCAGAUUUAGAUAGACAUUACGAAUAUAAGGAACCGGAAGAAAACUUUAUCUCGAUAGAAGAUACUAAAAUAAAAGGUUUUUUGAUAAAAAUUGGCCGAGAAUGUGCUUUGCAGAAAAGGAGGCAAAAACCCACAGAUCGUGUAAUUGAAUCUGUUCAUAAAUCAAAUGAGAAUCAAGUGGAUUUUGAAAUCAUUGAUUUAGAUGAUGAGGAUGACCGGGAAGAGCUUCGACAAAUAAUGCAUCAGGUGGAAAAAGACACUCUUAAAAAAGAUUCACGAUGUGAUGUUCAGCAUAUCGCUUUGUCGGAUUUAAAUAUGUCUACCAACAGUAGAGAUAAUUGCAGAGCCAGACUCAAAUCUCCAUGUAUUAGCCUUAUUCCAAAGAGUCCGCCCCUUACAUCAAAAUCUGCGAAGGUGAUUUCUCAGAAGAAAAUCGAACUCUCUAAGGAACGUAUAAUUGCACAUAUAGAACUCUCUGAUACCAGUGACUCUGAACCAGAACAAUGCGAAAAUAUUACUGAGAAUAUUCGGAGUACAGAAAGUGCAGUGGUUGCGGUUGGAUUCAAUAGCGAUGACGAUGAGGAUGAGCUAUCGUUCGCAGCUGCAGCUGUUACUUGUGAACUGGAAUGUGACGAUGAUGACAUUGACAACAUUGAGAAAAUUUCCGACAAUGCAAAGACGAGUACAAAUAUUUCAAGCAACGAAGUUGUUGUCCUGCAUUCAGACGAUGAAAACAUUGAGUUCAUCGAUAAACCAGAAAAAGGACAAGAAUUGAAUUGGGAAGAUUUAGAUAGACGUGAAAAGGGUCGACAAUUUUUCGAAUGUUAUUUAUGUGGCAAAAAGGUGCAAUCAAGUUAUAACUUGAGAAGACACAUGAUGAUACAUACAGGUGAACGUCCAUUUGGUUGCGAUAUGUGUGAUCGGAGAUUCCGUGAGUUCAGUGACUUGAAGAAACAUCGCCGCCGACACUCAAACGAAACAAAUUUCGUAUGUAUGGUAUGCCGUGUGAAACCGCCCAUGAUUCAAGAUUCAACCCGUUGCAAUGAUUGCGAUUCGAAGACGAGUGCAAUAACAGCAGCAAUGCGACCACAACUUUCCGCGUCACCUUCUUCUUUACCAGAUAAACCACAAACACCAUCGUUACCAAUUCCGACGCUGCCACCCCCACCACUCACGGCAAGGCCUUUGCUGUCUACUGAGAGAUUCCAUGAUACAUCAGCAACAACAAGUUACACCUCAAUUGAAAAUUCUGCUGAGACAAGCAACAAGGAAACGCCCAAAAUUAUAGGAAAAAUUACACUAGAUUUUGAAGAUUCUACCUCUUCCUCGAAGCGCUCAAAUUCUACACCUUUGCCCAGCGCAGAUAUGCCGUCCUUAGUGCCGAUAAAUGCCCCGUUUACUGUUAAUAAAACAACGCCAACUAGUACUCAAUUGUUGCUUGACAAUAUUCCGGUAGUUCAUCGACCUAACUAUAAUCAGUUAGGUAUUGUAACUCGCAAAGAAUUUCCUUGUCCACUUUGUCAGCGUCCAUUUGGUACGCGACACAAUCUAAAGCGUCACUUCAUGAUACAUACGGGCGAAAAACCAUUUUCUUGCAAUAAAUGCCGUAAACCGUUUCGAGAAUACUCAACCCUAAAGAAACAUAUGGCGACACAUCAACGCGAUCGAUAUUAUAAAUGCCUUCAUUGUCCAAGAAAAUAUCGUGACUACUUAGAGUAUAGCGGGCAUAAGAAAACUCACACAAACGAGGAAGAUGAUGACGAUGAUGACGACAUGAAUUUUGAUCAGCAACAGUUGAGCUCGUCCAGCAUCACGUCCAGUCCACAAAAGAAAGUAAAAAUAAAUUGUGACAGUAGCUACGAUUCAAACGAAGAAGACUCGUCCAGUGAAGAUUGGCUGGAAUGUUGCGAGUGUAAGCAGCGCUUCACAGAAAUCGAGGUGUACACUAAACAUUUGAAAGAACACGAUCCUAUGGUGUAUCUCUACGAAUGCUAUAUCUGCAAAAAGACCUUUGAGCAGCGUGAUGAACUAAUCGAGCAUGUGAGCGCUUGCAAGGAAGAGUUGCGCGAAACAGCAUUGCAACGUGCUACAUGCUUCAAUUAAUCUUUGUAGUACUUCCAAAAGUGAUUUAACUAUGCAAUAUAUGACCUACAAAAAAUAAUGUUAAUACUCCAGGCGAAUUAGUCUGUCUCCAAUCAACAAAUUGGAUUUGGAAAUAUGUAUAUAAGGUAUUUAAAGUACUUAAACUUUUCUAUAUAAUUGUGUUAUACCCAGCAAUGAAAAUGCAGUUUAACUGUUAGGUUUUUCUUAAGGCAGAGAUAGUUUAUACAUGAAAAUGUGUCUCCUUUUAUUCCAGUGACAUUCCAUUAUAGUAUUUUAUUUUAUAUUUAUGUGUAUUUGUUUAUUUAUCUAGUUAGUAGGAUUCAAAAUACCAUCCGCAACAAAUUGAAAAGUAGAAGUAUGAUGAGAUUGCAUAUGAUAAGAUAUAAGAGUACCUACAUAUAUAAUACAGUAACGGAGUUGAGGUAAUGCUGCUAAAUGUAUCUAUGCAUUUUUGACAAACAACUUUGAAUCAAAGCUGUUUAAUAUAAUGGAACGAGUUUAGUAAUUAAAAAUAUGUAUUCGGUUGAAAUAUUGGUCAUUAGUGGCAUAAUGUUGCAAUUUGGUUGUAAUGUCAAAAUUCCACAUAUAGUAUCUUAACGAUUCGAUCCGAUUUUAGUGCAAUAAGUUCUCAGUAGAUGUAUUAUUAGUUAAACUUUUUACUCCCAUGUUCCUUAAACGGAUAAAGCAUACAGCUUUACAGCACAUCGUACUCUUUUCCUUCAGUCUCGAAUGCUGUCUUUUCAAAUACAAAAAAAAAAUUAAAAAGCUUGUGAUUCUCAACAAACCUUUUGGUAUAAAAUUAACGAUAAGAAUAUAUUUUAUAGAAAUAUGUAUAUUUAUACCGCGUUUAUAUGUACAA